GCGGUUUCCUGUAUACAGCGUGAAGAAACUUCGUCUUGAGACUCGGGCCCAGCACCCAGGUUUGAUAAAGAGGAAUGGCUCGCAUCUCCUUGGACUGCACCGACUCCCUACCAGGGAUCCCCCUCAUUGUGCUGUCAGUGCCCAUGGAAAACAAAUACAAAUGUCAGCAGUGUCUCCAGGUCCUGAGGAAACCUGUCCAGGCACAGUGUGGCCACCGCUUCUGUGUUCACUGCUUCAAACAGCUCACCAGUUUAGGCCCAAAGCCCUGUGAAGCCUGCCGCCAAGAAGAUAUCUAUGAGGAGCCAAUAUCCAUUCUAAAUAGCAACGAGGCAUUUCCAGACAAUGCCGCUGGCCGGGAAAUUGCUAGCCUACCUGCCAGGUGUCUGAACGAGGGCUGCAACUGGACGGGCUUGAUCAAGGAGUAUGAGGCUCAGCAUGAGGGUCGCUGUGAUUACGACCAGGUCCAGUGUGAAGCCUGUCAAAAGUUUGUCAUUCGAAUAGAGAAGGAGAGGCAUAGUGAGAGAGAAUGUGAAGCAAGAACACUGAACUGCAAAUACUGCAAAGCUAUUUUCAACUUCAAGGAUAUCAAGGCCCAUGAUGAGGUCUGCCAGAAGCAUCCUUUGCAAUGCAAGGACUGUGGGAAGAAGAAGAUCCCAAGGGAAAAGUUUAGUGACCACAGCAGGACCUGUGCCAAGUCAAAGAGUGCGUGCCCUUUCAGUGAAGUUGGCUGUAAGGCUGUGAUAGAGAAUGGUAAACACAGUGACCAUGAGCAGAGCAGCACCAUGGAACACUUGCGUCUGCUGCUGUCCAUGGUCCUGUCUAUGAAUCGGAUACGUACGGAGGUUCCAGUCACUGGGGAGUGGCAAGAGGAUUCUGGUUUGGGCCUCUACAGGGCUCCUGAGGAGGGAGUCACACUGGGGGCCGGAGCUGCAGCCUCUGUCCAUACCUUUGAUUUGACUAAAAAGGUCAGUGCACUAGAGAACAUUGUGUGUGUCCUAAACCGGGAGGUGGAGCGAAGUUCGGUUACGUUGGAGGCUUUCUCACAUCAACAUCGUCUGGACCAGGACAAGAUCGAGAACCUCAGCAACAAGGUACGGCAACUGGAAAGGACCCUGUCGAUGAGGGACCUACAGCUUGCUGACUCCGAACAGCUUCUUCGAGAGCUACAGUUCUGCACCUACGACGGAAUAUUUGUCUGGAAAAUCUCAGACUUCUCAUGUCGUCGACAGGAUGCUAUAACUGGACGAACCCCUGCCAUGUUCUCACCGGCAUUCUACUCCAGCAAGUAUGGCUACAAGAUGUGUCUGAGACUGUAUUUGAACGGAGAUGGGUCAGGUCGUGGAACACACUUGUCACUCUUCUUUGUGGUGAUGAGGGGCAAGUGUGAUGCCCUGCUCAAGUGGCCUUUCAGUCAGAAGGUAACUCUCAUGCUUCUGGAUCAGAACAACAGAGAGCAUAUUAUUGAUGCCUUCCGUCCUGAUGUCAGCUCCACCUCCUUCCAGAAGCCAAUCAAUGAAAUGAACAUAGCCAGUGGCUGCCCACUUUUCUGUCCAUUGACUAAACUUGGAGGAAAGAGCUCCUAUUUGAGGGAUGAUACAAUUUUCAUAAAGGCCAUUGUAGAUCUUACAGGCUUAUAGUGUGUAGUCUGUGGAAGCCACUACACAUAAAAAAUCAACAGAAACAUAAAAUUAAUAAGCUGUCAUAAUAUUAUAUCGUUAUAUAUCUUUUAUACUAUACAAAAAAGUGUGUCAUUAAGAAGUUUUAAAGGACAAAAAAGUGUCACAUUAAGCAAAUGGAUUGUUUGAUUACAUACAAAACAGAAGUGGAUUAGACCUAUUUGGCAAUGCUGAGUUGCUUCAGAGCAGAAGGCAAGUGCUGUAGCCUCUAUUAGCAGUGGUGCUCGUUUUUACAAAAAAUAUAUAGAAAUAUCAAGACAGUCCCAAAUAAGGGACAGGUAAAUAUGCAUUUCAAGUCAGUUGGAAAAUGUGUAAACCAGAUUUGACACUUUGCCUGUGCCUUUUUAAACCGGUGACAUACUUGUGAGUUUCAAUAGGUAUGAACAUCUUAAUGACUAUCUCACUAGAAAUAUCAUCAUUACAUGACUGUGCGAUAUAGUUAAUGAAUGCACACAUAUGUUAUUAUUUUUAUUAUCAAUAUUAUUAAUAUUAAUAGUAUGAUUACUAUUGUAUUAUUAUUAGCAUUAUUAUUAUACGUUGAUAUAAUGCUAAACUUUCAUGACAAUAUCUAUAUAUCUACUUAUUUACAUACAUACAUAUAGUAUAUAUGCAAACUAAUAGAUUUGGUAUGAUAUGUCACAUUUGUGAUUUUUUUAAAUUUUUUAUUUUAUUUUAUUUUUUUGCAAUGGUGGGAAGAGGCUUGUUAAAAAAAGUGUGGGACUUUGUCGCUUUGCAUUCUCCAAAAGCCAGUCUACAAAGAGAAAAUUAUAUAGUUUGGUGGCACGGUGGCCCAGUGGUUAGCGCUGGUGCCUCACAGCAAGAAGGUCCUGGGUUCAAACCCCAGGCUGUCCCAGGUCCUUUCUGUGUGGAGUUUGCAUGUUCUCCCCGUGUCUGUGUGGGUUUCCUCCGGGUGUUCCGGUUUCCUCCCACCAUCAAAAAGACAUGCAUGUUAGGGUUAAUACUCCUGCCUGUGCCCAUGAGCAAGGCAAUGGAAAAAAGAACCGGAGUUAUUCAUUUAAUUCAGAGUUGGCAUAAUCUAGUAAUGAUUGUGUGAGGGUCUUGACAGAGAACAGUUAAUUCACCAUUUGUUGAGGACAGCUGGCAUAACUUAAAAACACAGCGGUGUGCAUGAGGAGAGUGCUGUGUCGUACAUUUGAGUAGAGUUACUCUGCCAGAAGUGGAGUACAAAUCACAGCAAAAUGUGGAACAAAUGCAAUUUACACUGCUAUUAAUAGGGGCUUUUGAAUUUUGUUGGAUGUUCUUUACCAGCCUGAAAAAAUUAUGUUGCAGAGUGACUCUAAUGCAUACAGUCUGCUAAUGUGUCAGCUACACCUCCAUAAACUCCCCUGGGUCAUUGAGUUGCAUUGAGUUUUGUUGGUUUUUCAGUUUUGCUAGUCUUUGUAAAAUACAUGUUAUUUCUCUCUUAACCCUUUACCACGCAGCGUUGCCAAAUGGCAUCGUACCGCUUUAGCUAAUUUUCUUGCACCCUUGUCGUGUCUUUACGAAAUCAUUCCGUUUGUGUUAUUCCAAAAGGGGAGGAUUCCGAGUACCCAACGAGUUGCAUUGUUUGUAUCCUGUGACUUUCGAUUCCUUUCUAUAGCAUAGUUCUUUUCAGAUUACAGCCAUGUAUUGUGAACUUGUGAGUUGAAGACAAAACUCAGGUUUCAUCUGAACACAAAGAAUAGAUGCAUUGUGUCUAGUAGGAUAUGAUAGUGUAUUCACCAUUGCUAAACAUUUUCACCAAUUAUAUUCCUGGCAAAUCAAAUAUAAAUGCUGCCACAUGGCGACACUGCACACAUAUGGAUUUCUAUCACUGCUUUAGUUUGGGGUCUAAAAGCUUUUUAAUACACCUUCAACCAGACGGGAGGACCAGUGGUUGUAAUCGGAUAGUAAGUGUUGGGUUAGAAAGAAAAUCUGCAGACACACAUCUUGGCAUAUGAUUUAGUAUCACUUCGCUAAAAUCUAGUGAUGAUGAUGGUGACGUGGACUGGACAGUAUAUGUGAACAGAGGGGGAGACUAUGGCUCAGAGAUUUGUAUAAAGUGCAGAAAAAUAUGCAAGAUGCUGCGCAGAGAUAUGUGUUUAUGCUGUUGUGAAAGGAAAAAGAGAAUAAAGAAACAAUUUGCA